AUGAAUAAUAUUGUCAUUGUAAUUAAAAGGUCUAAUUAUGGAGGUGAUGGCAAGAUGAGACCUCGUGUAAUACUUGCUUGUGAGAGGAGCGGUAACUAUAAGUCUUACAAGUCUAGUGAGACAACUGAUAUAAGGUCGGAUGCAAAUAGUGAUAUGAAAAAAUGUGUUAGGGACACUGUUGGAGGUGGUUUGUGGAGUAACAACCAUCCUAUUUUAGAGUAUCUUCAAGGUCAUUCAUUUGUAAGGCGACUUUCUGAAGAGGAGAAUGCCUUGUUGGUGGACAUGUUUAAGAGUUUGGUGAACCCCAGGGAUAUUUUGGUCACCUUUAAGGAUAGAGAUGCAAUGAAUGUUUCAACUAUGAAGACAAUAUACAAUGCUAGGAUCUGA